AUGGGAAGUCAAUGCUGUAAAAAUAAUAACAUUCGUUGUUAAGGUAUAUUAAGUUAAGAUUGUACAUAGAAGAAGUAAUUUUAUAAAAUGAAUAAACUGCGAAUGCUUCUCCUAAUCCUUUAUAAAAAGUCUCACUUUCUUAAUAAGGAAGUAAAAAAAGCUAAAUUGAAGAGGAUUAAAUAUUGGUUGAGUCUUAAUAGCCAUGUUAUGUUUUAGAAAGUGAAAAUAACUAAGAAGUUGAUUAAUAAGAAGAGAUGCCAAAAAAAGAGAUUGAAGUAAUAAAAAAAGAAGAAUCUGUACCAAUAAUGAAAACUGAUAGUAGUUAUAUUUUUCAUAUUUUUAAAGGCAAGGAAGAAAUAAAAAAAAAAAUUGAACCUUAAGUACCAGGAGUAAGGAUAAAACUAGGACAUGAUAUUUUUGUUAAACUUAAGGAAGGAUCAAUAGGGAGUCAUUAUAAUUUUGGUAAAGUGUUAGGACAAGGUGCAUUUGGAAAGGUUUGGAAAGUAACUCAUAAAACUACUGGAUUAGUAAGAGCUAUUAAGUAAUUAAAAAAAAGUUCAUUAAUAAAAGAGGAUGAAUAACGAAUGUUUUCAGAAAUGAACAUUUUAAAGAAUCUAGACCAUCCUCAUAUAGUAAAAUUAUUUGAACUUUAUCAAGAUGAAAAUAAUUAUUAUUUGGUUACUGAGUACAAAAUUUAUAUAUUCGUUAGGUAUCUAUCAGGAGGUGAACUAUUUGAUAGAAUCAAAAAAAUGUCAUCCUUUAGUGAAAACAUAGCUGCUGAUUACAUAAGAUAAAUCUUAUUAGCUACAAUGCAUUGUCAUUAAUAAAAUAUUGUACAUCGUGAUUUGAAACCUGAAAAUGUGAUAUUUAUAAGUGAAGAUCCAAAUUCCUAAUUAAAAGUUAUAGAUUUUGGAACUUCUAGAAAAUUUGACAAUACAAAAGCUAUGAGUAAAAGAUUAGGAACAGUAUUUCUUAUAUUAUAUUAAAGCCAUAUUAUAUUGCUCCUGAAGUAUUGAAUCAUUAAUAUAAUGAAAAAUGUGAUAUUUGGUCAUGUGGAAUCAUUUUAUAUAUACUCUUAUGUGGUUAUCCACCAUUUUCAGGUAAGAGUGAAAAUUAAAUUUUGGAAAGAGUUAAAUAAGGAAAAUUUACUUUUGAUCGUAAUUUAUUAAAUAUAUUUAUAGCUGAGGAUUGGGAUUAAAUUUCUAAAGAAGCAAAAGAAUUUAUUACUAAAUUAUUAAGAAUGGAUCCAAAUAAAAGAUUAUCAGCAAAAUAAGCACUUGAUGAUCCUUGGUUAGUUAAAUAUGCUCCCACAUCUUAAGUUAAUAAAAGAGUUCUUGAUAACAUCAGAUAAUUUAGGGUAUUUAUGAUAUAUAUUAUAAUAUAAAGGCUUAAACUAUCUUAAAAUAAGCUCUAAUGUCAUAUAUGAUCACUUAAAUGUCAACUUAAAAGGAAAUAUCAGAAUUAUAAAAUGAAUUUAAAAGACUUGAUAUAAAUAAUGAUGGAUUUCUAUCUAAAGAAGAAUUAAUAAAAGGAUAUUAAUAAUUGAAAUUAGAUUAUAAAUAUGCAUAAGAGGAAGUGGAUAGAAUGAUUGAUAUGAUAGAUAUUAAUAGAUCUGGAAUGAUAGAUUUUUCAGAAUUUUGUAUGGCUGCAAUAAAUUAAGAAAAAUUAUUAUCUGUUUAAAGAGUAGAGUAGGCAUUUAAAAUUUUUGAUUUGGUAAUUAAUUUGUUAAUUUUAAAUAUAGAAUGGUGAUGGAUUCAUCUCUAAAUAAGAAUUAGAAUCUAUAAUGGGAGAUCUUGGUGAUGAUGUUUGGAGCUAAAUACUUUCAGAUUGUGAUGGUAAUAAUGAUGGAAAAAUCUCUUAUGAAGAAUUCGUAAGAAUGUUAAAGAAUAAAAAACUUUGA